UGUUCCGUUGGCAGCAGCCGGAUUCCUGUCAGCGGCGGCCGAGCCCGAGCCUGACAGCGCGUGAAGCCCCUGGCCUAGCCCGGGCCGCAGUGAGCGCGGCGCGCCCUCUCGGCUCCCGGUGUCUCCCCUCCCCGCGCCGGGGCGGCGGAGGCAGCAGCGCCCCUCCUCCCGGCGGCCCCCCAGCCCCUGCCGGGCCGCGAAGCUGCGAUGCCCUCGGACUUCAUCUCUCUGCUCAGCGCCGACCUCGACCUCGAGUCCCCCAAGUCUCUCUACUCCAAGGAAUCUGUCUAUGACCUCCUCCCAAAGGAGUUGCAGUUACCACCCUCCAGAGAAACAUCUGUAGCAUCCAUGAGCCAAACAAGUGGUGGUGAGGCAGGUUCGCCUCCUCCAGCUGUAGUUGCUGCUGAUGCUUCUUCAGCUCCCUCCUCUUCCUCCAUGGGCGGUGCUUGCAGCUCCUUUACCACCUCUUCCAGUCCUACCAUUUACUCUACCUCAGUCACCGACAGCAAGGCUAUGCAAGUGGAGAGCUGCUCCUCAGCCGUGGGGGUAAGUAACCGAGGGGUAAGUGAAAAGCAGUUAACCAGUAACACAAUCCAGCAGCAACAGUCAAUGCCGAAGAGACAUACAGUCCUGUACAUCUCACCACCACCUGAGGAUUUGCUGGAUAACAGUCAGAUGUCCUGCCAAGAUGAAGGGUGUGGAUUGGAAUCAGAGCAGAGCUGCAUUAUGUGGAUGGAGGAUUCCCCCUCCAACUUCAGUAACAUGAGCACCAGUUCCUACAAUGAUAACACUGAGGUGCCACGUAAAUCACGCAAACGAAAUCCAAAGCAGAGGCCAGGGAUCAAACGUCGAGAUUGUGAAGGAUCCAGCAUGGAUAUAUUUGAUGCCGACAGUGCCAAAGCUCCUCACUAUGUCCUUUCUCAGCUCAGCACGGACAGCAAAGGCAACUCAAAAGCAGGAAAUGGAGCAUCAGAAAGCCAGAAAGGAGCCGGAGGGAAGAAGAGCCCAAUGUUGUGUGGUCAGUAUCCUACUAAAAGUGAAGGCAAAGAGCUGAAGAUUGUGGUACAGCCGGAGACCCAGCACAGAGCUCGGUACUUGACUGAGGGCAGCCGAGGCUCAGUGAAAGACAGGACACAACAAGGUUUUCCCACUGUAAAGCUGGAAGGUCACAAUGAGCCAGUAGUUCUGCAAGUGUUUGUGGGUAAUGACUCUGGUCGAGUGAAGCCACAUGGGUUCUACCAGGCCUGCAGAGUAACUGGGCGAAACACUACUCCCUGCAAAGAGGUGGACAUAGAGGGUACUACAGUUAUAGAGGUUGGCCUUGACCCUAGCAACAACAUGACACUUGCGGUUGAUUGCGUAGGAAUACUGAAGUUGAGAAAUGCAGACGUUGAAGCUCGAAUAGGGAUUGCUGGUUCCAAGAAAAAAAGCACCCGUGCCAGAUUGGUGUUUCGUGUAAACAUCACUCGGCAAGAUGGCUCAACUUUAACGCUCCAGACACCCUCCUCUCCAAUUUUAUGCACUCAACCAGCUGGCGUGCCAGAGAUCCUCAAGAAAAGUUUGCACAGCUGUUCAGUGAAGGGGGAAGAGGAAGUCUUUCUGAUUGGCAAGAACUUUCUUAAGGGAACAAAAGUGAUCUUCCAAGAGAAUAUUUCUGAUGAAAACUCUUGGAAAGCAGAAGCUGAAAUAGACAUGGAAUUAUUUCAUCAGAAUCAUCUUAUUGUGAAGGUGCCACCAUAUCAUGACCAGAAAAUAACCUCAUCUGUUUCUGUGGGGAUAUAUGUGGUGACCAAUGCUGGAAGAUCACAUGAUGUGCAGUCAUUUACAUACACUCCAGAUACAUCUGGUACUCUGAAUGUUAAUGUGAAGAAAGAAAUCUCCAGCCCAGCACAGCCUUGUUCUUUUGAAGAGGCUAUAAAAGCAGUGGCAGCCACUGGCUGUAACCUGGAUAAAGUAAAUAUUCUCCCUAGUGCCUUGAUAACUCCACUUAUGCCGACCAGUGUGAUUAAGAAUGAAGAUGUGGCUCCAAUGGAAGUUAUAGCCGAAAAAAGAUCUCCCACUAUCUUCAAGGCUACAAACGUGGUUGGACCAACUCAACAAACAUUAGAAAAUAUGUCCAGCAUAUCAGGAAAUGGAACCUUUUCAACUGCUGCUUCUCAUUUACCUUCUGAGAGUGAAAAACAGCAGCAGAUACAGCCUAAAGUGUAUAAUGCAGAGACUCUGACUACUAUCCAAACACAGGACAUUUCACAGCCUGGUAGCUUUCCAGCUGUGUCUGCUCCCAGCCAACUGCAGACUAGUGAUGCGCUAUUGCAGCAAGCGGCACAGUUCCAGACGAGAGAGUCCCAACCCAGAGAGGGGUUACAAUCAGACAGCACUGUAGUUACUUUGUCACAGUUAACUGAGGCUUCGCAGCAACAACAGUCAACACGAUCAGAACCAGCACAGACACUACAGCAACAGAUUUCAUCCAGUAUUUUCUCACCAGCAAACAGUGUGAGUCAGUUACAGAACACUAUACAGCAACUGCAAGCUGGAAAUUUUCCAACCAGCACUGCCAGUGGAAGCAGUGGAAAUGUUGAUUUGGUCCAGCAAGUCUUAGAAGCUGAACAGCAGUUAUCUUCUGUUUUGUUUUCUGGGUCAGAUAGUAGUGAGGAUGUUCAAGAGCAACUCAGUGCAGACAUUUUUCAGCAAGUUAGUCAAAUCCAAAACAGUGUAAAUCCUGGGAUAUUUUCCUCAUCAGAGACAGCAGUCCAUUCCAGGCAAGAGAAUCUUUUGUCUGGAAGAGCUGAAAAUGUCCAUCCGCAGCCUGAGAGCUCAUUGUCCAAUCAGCAGCAGCAGCAGCAGGCAAUGGAGACUUCUGCAGCAAUGGUGAUUGGAAUGCAGCAAAGUAUGUGCCAGGCUGCAACACAGAUGCAAUCUGAUCUAUUCUCCUCAGCAGCUUCAGGAAAUGGAAACCUCCAGCAGUCCCCUGUUUACCAGCAAGCUUCCCACUUGCUAAGUGGGCUAUCAACAAGCGAAGACAUGCAGAUGCAAUGUGAGUUAUUCUCCUCAUCUUCUGGUGUUUCUGGAAAUGAAACAACUACUACUGCUCAGCAGCAAGUCUCGACAAAUGGCUCUACCAUGUUUCAGACAUCGAGUUCUGCAGAUGGAGAAGAAGCUUCAGGACAGAAUAAACAGAUGCAAAACAACGUGUUUCAGACCAUGGUUCAGAUGCAACACAGUGGGGAAAGUCAGCCUCAAGUUAACCUUUUUUCAUCUACGGAAAACAUGAUGGCCGUUCAGGCAGGUGGAACUCAACAGCAGGGAGGUGGACUGUUCCAGCAAGGUGGGGAAAUUAUGUCUAUUCAGUCAGGAAGUUUCAUGCAGCAAUCCCCACAUUCACAAGCUCAACUUUUUCACUCUCAGAAUCCCAUUGGUGAUGCUCAAAAUAUAUCCCAGGAAACACAAGGGUCUAUUUUUCGUAGUCCAAAUUCCAUUGUCCACAAUCAGACCACUUCCUCUUCUUCAGACCAAUUGCAGCCUCCAAUGUUCCACUCCCAGAACACCAUGGGUGUAUUGCAGAGCUCUUCUGUACCUCAAGACCAGCAAUCAGCCAACAUGUUCCUUUCCCAGAAUUCAAUGAACAACCCUGUAACUCAAGAAGAACAGAUGUCAUUCUUUACAACACAGAAUUCCAUUUCUCCACUUCAGACAGCCACAAACACUGAGCAGCAAACUUCUUUCCAGCAGCAGGCACAGAUACCCCACAUUCAGAACCCUAUGAUUCCCCAAGAUCAACCCCAAGCUCAGCCCACUCAGCAGGGUUUGUUUCAGACACAAGUCUCACUAGGCUCCCUCCAAUCUAGUACAAUGCCCCAGAACCAACAAGGGGCUAUCUUCCAGCCUCAACAUUCAAUGGUUGCUAUUCAGAGUAGCCCUCCAUCCCAAGAACAGCAGCAACAGCAGCAGAACAUGAUGUUCAGUACUCAAAAUACGAGUACAAUUGCUUCUCAGAAGCAGACUAUGAUUUUCAACCCAAAUCAAAAUGCAAUCACUAAUCAGGAGCAGCAGAACCAAUCUCUUUUUCAUGCACAAUCCAAUAUGGCGCCAAUGAAUCAAGAUCAACAGCCCAUGCAGUUCCAGGGUCAAACAACAGUGACUCCACUUCAGAAUCCGGGGUCCAGCCAGACAGAGACACAGCAGCCCACCAUGUUUCAUAACUCACCCCAGAUUCAGUUAGUUCAAGGAUCACCAGGUUCUCAAGAGCAGCAAGUCACCCUCUUUAUUUCUUCAGCUUCCAUGUCUGCCUUGCAGAAUAGCAUGAGCCAGCAAGAGCUGCAGCAGUCUCCCAUCUACUCUUCUCCGAACAAUAUGACAGGUAUUCAAGGAGCUGCUUCUCCUGCACAGCAACAAUCUUCUUUGUUUCACAAUACAACAGGAAGUGCUAUCAACCAACUGCAGAAUUCUCCUGCUUCAUCUCAACAGACUUCAGGAAUAUUCCUAUUUGGGAUUCAAAAUAACUGUGGCCAGCUGUUAACCUCUGGACCAUCUGCAUUGCCAGAUCAGCUGAUGGCUAUAAGUCAGCCAGGUCAGCCACAGAGUGAGGGGCAACCUGCAGUGACAACGCUUCUGUCCCAGCAGAUAUCUGAGAAUUCUCCACUCCCUUCAUCUAUGACAACCAAUCAGUGUAUAGAGAAAAUUGAUGACUUGCUUGUGUCAUUACAAAACCAGGGGAACAACAUGGCUGGCUCAUUUUAAUUGGCCAAAAAUUCUGUGAAGGAAAAGAUGAUUUCCAAGAUCCCCUCAGACCUUGUGGCUCUGGAUUAGGGUUUAUGGAGCUGAACUGUUCUGUUAAAGAAUGGCUUAUACCCAAGCAAAUGCGUAGACUUCACUCUCUUUUCUAAAGAGCACAUAUGCUGCCUACUGCAGUGUCUAGCAAUUGAGGCUAUAAUGAUAGCAUUUGAGACUCCUGAAGCCAAUAAUGGCUGAAAAGCUGUGCUUUGUGUUACAGGGGGUGGAACUGGACAGUUACCACAUUCCUAGGCCCCAUUAGUCAAUGGGCUGCUGUUUUCAUUCAAAGCAUGACUGCUCAGCUGUUAUUGUUAGAAAAUAACACGUUAUCAUGUUUACUUUUUCUUUUCUUCCCUUUCUCCUUCACAACCCCUCUGUUGAGUCGGAAAGCUUGUGAAGCAGUACCAUCAUGUGCCCUAACUCGUGCUGUGAUUCAUGGCAUAGCUGUCAGUCAGUGAAGGAAUUGCAGUUUUUACAGUAGAGCUGAAGGACCAUUGCAAGGGUGUGUUAAUCGCAGCAGCAGGUGGUGGUGGUGGUGAUAUAUAUAAUAUACAAUCAGAAAAUCUGCUACAACUCUAGGAGCAGCCAGAGAGAUGUGGGUGCUUCCCAUCUGAGGGUGUGAUUAACAGCUUUCUGUCUGUACUGAUGGUUUUAGAUAUAGACUGCAUAGAGUAAGAAUUAGGUGGCUCUAUCAAAAUGAAGGGAAAAGUCACAGUAAAUUGUGUUCUAAAAUCCUGCCUUCUAAAAUACCUUAAUCUGAAGAGAGCAAUCUGCCUAGCUGAGGAAACAACUGCUUAAUACCGCUCACUCUUUUGGCAUAGAUUAGAACUUGAACAUUAUCCUUUCUCAUGCCAGGCUGCCCUCUUUCGUUCUUUCCAUGCUCUUCCCUCCCGCCCCCUAAUUUUAUAUCGUUUGUUUCCUAAGCAAAUACAAAUAUGCUACUGGUUUUAGAAACUGAAGUAACUCUUAGGUGUCCAAGGCACCUCUCACUGUGGUAGCAAAAUGCCAAGCCAGUGGCUGCAUCUUCAUACAUCACCAGGGUUUGUGGGAGUGAGAAAAUACUGGUUUCGUCUCCAUCCCCCAGACUUCCUGAAUCCUAGAGGAACCCUACUUUUUCCUGUUGUUGCUGAUUUAAAGUCUUAAACUUUAUCCCAGAUGGGGGCAAACAACAUAAUUUUUCAUCGUUCUUUAAAACAUCACUUCAAGCUGAGCUGCUGCAUCUUUGUAGCUUUCUCAGUUCAUUGCAGGUUUGAAGCAUCCUUUUUUCUAGCAGUCCCCAUGAGCUGUAGCCUCUCUGGGGUUAUACAUUAAUUAAAAACAAUUUACCCAUGUUUUACAGUAGCUAAGAAUAACCCACUCCAGGCCAUGUAGUUGUAGUGUGAGGAAUGUGGAUUCUUUCAGAUGCUCCAACUAGUCUAAGAGAAAUGUGGUGUCUCCUUACAACCUCAGGCAGAUGUUUUCUUCAGUCUUUUCCCUCUCCUGCAUGUAGAAAGCUGUUAAUGCAGGUUAGAGCCAAACAACUGUCAUGAGUGGCUUCUAUGCUUUGGUGUAGCAUAGUUGGUAUGCUGUCACUUUUCAUUUGGGUUAUUUUAAAUAAUGGAGAGUAGCCUGUAAAUGUUUUUUAAGUUACCCUAGUCUGUUUACUGUGUGUUUUUUCUAACUUGUGCACCUAGUUGAGCCAUGUAGAGUUGUUCUUUGGUUUUAACGGUUUUUCCCGUGUGUCAAUGUCAUGAUGUUCAUUUUCUCUCUUUGUGUGUCUCUCUCUCAUUGAGAGGCAUAGAAUUACGUUUUCAGUCGUAAGGCUUCUUGCCGAUAUGAAGGGAACUUUUCAGAAAGAGACCUGCUCUGGGUCAUUUAAUUUUGAAUACAGUUUUCAAUCGUUCAAGUUUUGGAUGGUUUAUAUCUAAUGUGUGUUUCAUUUUUUUGGAAAGCUAUAUUUUGUAUUUAGGAAAUGGUAUACUAUUUUGCUGUUUGUACUGAGUGAGUACAAUGGCAUAAAUAUAAAAAUUUAUAUAUAUACAAAUAUAUAUAAUAUUCUUUUUGCCACACAUUUUUGUGGUAAUUUGUGAGUUUGUCUGAUGUUCUACCACAACGUGGCGUCUGAUAAUGGUGGGGGUGAGGGUGGGGUUUGUUAUGUCUUUACUAAGUAUUUAAGUACUUUUUGCAACAUAAAUAGUUCGUUCAUCUUGGGCCAUUCCAUCUGGCAAUGUGUUGUUCCAGUUGGCUCUGGACAACUUCAAUGUGUGUUUGUGUCUGUCACACACCAGUGGGAUGUAGUAAGGAAACCCAUUUAGACAACUGUCUGAUGGGGUUUCAUUCAGAAUGAGCCAUUCAGCUUUUACUCUCACUGUCUAUUUAAUAUUUUAUUAGCUCCUUUGUGUUGUAUCUUUUAAUUUAUAAUUACACUAAAAUGUUUGAAAUUAUAAUCACGUUAAAGAACAUUUUCUCUCCUUCAUAAUGUCCAGAGCUGCUUUUUAACUCUGAACCAUACGCUUUUCUGCCGAUAAUUUUUCUCCUGCUAUGGAAAAAAGUAAAAUAAAAUCCUUCGUUAUGGUUCAGGACAUGAAAGAGCAGCCUGUCCGCACUGAAUGAGCGCUGUAUGAGGAUGCAUAGAAGGGUUCUGCACAGCGUCGGAUUGAAUACACCAUCCGUUUGUAAUCAGUUUGUAAGAAACUGGUGACUUCUGCGAGAGCAGCUUGUUCGGACGAGAAUGUUUGGUGAUAUCUCGAUGGCUGCGUAGACUGACAGUGGGCAGAAUGAGGUGAUGGGGAUGAGAAACUGACUUGUGUGCUGUUUGUUUUGUUUUGCUCUUUUGAAGGAGAGCAUCCUCAUGAUGAAACUUGUUGGUCAGUGCCAAGAAACCAGGGACCAAUUCUCCGUUUAAUAAGAUUGGUGUCCAAAAUAGAACCUUUGACCAGGACUGCUACAAUUCCCAUUGUGGGGGGAAUGUUUAAAUGUGUGCAUAUUUUUAGGUUGUUUAUUACAAGAGCUGUGCUACCAUAUUCAAAUGACUAAAUAAUGACAUCUGUAUUUUCUUUUGUGUCAAAUUUACGGUGUCUGUUUGAGGUCAAUGUUAAAUGUAUAACAUUUUGAACAUGUGAUUUGGUUACAAAAAGUAUUUGUAUUCUGAAUGAAGGGUUUGCUCAGUGGUUGACAAGUGCUCUUGCUGCUGCUUUCAAACAGCUGUUACAGAGGAUAAAGAGCGGUUCAAUGAGCCAGCAAAGGCCUAGGAAACAGCUUACAGAAGUUGUUUUGUGGCAGAAGGACCUAAGUAUAAUGUGAACCACAUCUUUGUUCCUUCAGAGCCCUGCUCAGGCACUGUUUUGAUUUCAAUAGUUGACAAUGACUUUUGGAGCUUAUCCUUUGUUUUUUCCAUAAUAUGUCUGCAUCAGUAUGGGUAUUAGAGGAAGAGCACACAAAGUGGAUUGCCUAUGGAGUUAUUGAGAGGCAGGGGAAUCAAGUCCAGACCAGUUUGGUUUGAAAAGUUAGAAAUUACUUAAGGUAAAUGAAAAUAUGUGCAUCUUGAGUAGUCAAAAAAUGACAUUCACUAUUACCCCUUGCUUAUGAUAAACAUUACUUAAGAAGCCAGAUUGCCAAAGAUCAAAUGUUGGGGGCAUUAUUGCAAAAAAAAAAAAAAUUUUUGCUUUCAUAUCUGUCAGGCCAGCGUUCACUAAUGGACGUAGAUGGUUUUAUAGCUAUAUACUGGAUGGAAGCUGGAAAGCUGUAGAACUAUAUUUGUAGGGUGGAUUUUCUGUGUAGUGUUUCUUUUUCACAGAACCAUAGUGUUAUAUGGGACCUCAAAGAUCAUCUAGUCUAACCCUCUGCCAAGAUGCAGGAUUUGGUAUGACUAAACCAUCUCAGACAGAUGGCUCCGGCCUCUUUUUGAACACCUCCAGUAACGGAGAUUCCAUGCUUCCCUAGGCAGUUCGUUCCAUUGUCCUACUGGUCUUACAGUUAGGAAGAUUCCUGAGCUUUUCUCCUGCAUGAACUCUCUAUUUAAACCACCUUUAAUCCAAAACAAACAAUCUCUCUGUCUCUCUCUCUCUCUGUCUGUCUCUCAAACUAGGUUAUAUUCUCCAGCCUUAAGUCACUUAUCCAUUAACUUCCCUGAUUCUCCUAAACCCCAUUUUUCUGAUGUUGUCUCUACAGCAUGUCUGAUAUGUACUGUACACCUGUUUCCUAAUAACUCACUAAUAUCCAGGGAGCUGCACCCUGCUAGCUACCACGGUCAGUAUGUCUUCUACCUGUGUCAUGUUGUCUCCAUGUAAACAACACCAGUGUAUAAAAAUAAACAGUUAAACUAUUAAUAUUCCUUUAGUGAUGAAUAAAGUAGGUGGAUAACACUUAAGCUGUAGAAAAAGUUAAGACAAAUAUUAGCCAAUCAUUUCCUAUGGCAGGAGAUGAUCGUCCUCACUUUCUACUUCACAGCUCAGUCCACUUGGUGGCACUAAUUGUCUUCUACUCUUUCAAUGGUUAUCCAAGCCAAAUGCUCUACUAUUAUUUCCUUUGUCAACAAAAACAAUUCAAGAAGUUGUUUCAGCCUUGCUGGGCCAAAAUAGACAGUUAACCACCAGACCUUUUGUUUGGCUAAUUUUACAUUAUUAUCAGUGUGCUCAGAGCCUGUGAAUGGACGCUUUUUAUUUAUACUCAAUUGAAAUAAAAAAUAAAUAGGUUAGUGACUGUCAGUCUUGACAGCAUCCCUUUUUAUGCUUACACCGAGGGCGUGUUCAGUUGCACUGAUGCACAUUUCUCUAAUCUACAUAAGCCGUGACUUUUAUAGUGCUCCUGCUAUGACUUUGAUUAGGGCACACUGACCAAAAAGAAGUCUCAUUCUGUUGCUCUGGUAAGAUUUUUCAUUCUCAGAGAUUGUCCUUCCAAAGCCUUCAGAAAGGACAAACCACACAGGAGCUCAAAUCCCUUCUCUGACAUAGUCAAAACGACCAUAUGAGCAGCAGGAAAGAUGCUUUGUUAUAAAAUUUCUUCAUUGGAAUAAAGAAAUUAAACACCCCAAAAGGUCAAACUUUUAUAAGUUAUAAAAGCAAGAGAAACAAGAUGGAUGAGAUCAUCUUUUAUUGGACCAACUUCUGUUGGGGAGAGAAACAAGCUUUUCAGCUACAAAGAGCUGCUCUUCAGACCUGGGAAAGGUACUCAGUGUCACUGUUAAAAACAAGGUCAAACAGAUAGUUUAGUGUACGUAGUUAUCACACAUUCGAAGGGGCCCGGUAACACCCCUGUAGUCGUAGCACAAAAAGGGGGGUUAGUGGGUUACAGAUUGUUGUUAUAAGCCAUAAAUCCAGUUUCUCUAUUAAGACCAGGAUUUUUAGUGUCCAUUAAAGUUACGUAUUUAAGCUCCCAGGCUCAUCUUUUGAAAAUGUGCAGAUUUCCUUUGAGGAUGAGGACUGGUAGGCCUGGGAGCUUAAAUUCAUAACUUUGAUGAGUGUUAAUGGGCCACUUCACCUUGAGUGGUCCCUUAUACUACUUAUGCUAAACUAUCUGCUCAACCUUGUAUUUAGCUGUGAGGACCCUUCCCAGAUCUGAGGGAGAGCUCUGUGUAGCUCAAAAGCUUGUCUCUCCAACUGAAGUUGGUCCAGUAAAAGAUGUUACUCAGCCACCUUGUCUCUCUAAUAUCCUGGGACUAACAUGGCUACAACAACACUGCACACAAGAAGAGAGAAAUUUAAUUACAGAAUUUUAUUUUCAAUUGCAUCUCACACAUUGCUCUGUUACUUAACAAUUAUCAGGCUGUCUAUUCAAACUAUGUACCCAUUUGCAGAGCUCUGUCUGUACAAGUAUUUAUCUGAACAGUGGAAGCAUCAAGCAUGGUGAGGAAUUGCUUCGUGUUCUCUGAACUUAGAACUAUAGGUUGAAAGUCAGAAAAGGGAAAUUUAAUCUGACCACUGGGAGAGAAAAGAAUUCUCCCAGUGAGAGAGCUGUUUCUGUGGAAUAGUCUUGCAAAGAGAGUGGUGGAAGACCCAUUAUUUGAGAUGUUUUAAAAGCUAGCUGAUAGUCAAGAGCAUAUUGUAAGGCUCUUGAGUGUAGAAUUUUGAUCAGUCUUUCGGGACAGAUCUUGAAAUUCUACAUACAAAAAUAUUCAGACUUGCAGUUCUGGUAAUGGUGUGUGCAAACAGCCAGUUGUGUGUGCAAAUGUACACAUUUGUGUACAAAUAGUUGCCUACUAAAAGCCAGACUUCAUGAACUCUUAUUUGAUAUGUGAUAUACACUACUUAGAGACAAUAAAAGAUACGAGACAGCAGAGAAAAUCUGGUAAAACUGUACAUAUAAAAUUCUCCAAUUUAGUCUGUGCUUUUGAGAGAGAAUGUAGAAAAAUCUUUUGUACCUUAUAUAAAUUCGUGUAUAUAUGUAAAUAUACUGUGCAUAAAAAUCCUUGCCUUGUACAUAUGUAUAUAGUUGAUAUGCCGGAGAGACAAGGCGGGUAAGAUAAUAUCUUUUAUUGGACAAACAUCUGUUGUUGGACAAUAAAAGAAGAAGCUGGUCCAAUAAAAGAUACUCCCUCACCCACCUUGUGUGUCUCGUAUCCUGGGACCAACAUGCCUACAACAAUACUGCAAACCGUCACUAUGCCAUUGAGUUUAUUAUAAAAAUGCAUAAAAACUGUUCUAGUGACAUUUUUAUAACUUUCAAAGAACAUAAUUGUCCUUAGCGUGCACUUGUUUCUCUGAUUCUCUUCAAUAGUCAGUAAUAGCUGUAUAAAUGUGUAAAUAUUGUAUGAGUGUGGAGGGAUUAGUAGUGUUAUGGUAAGUAUUAUUCCAGAAACGUGCUUUUCAGCAAUUCACUAAAAUCUAUGGGAUUAAGGUGAAAUGACUGUUUGAAACAUCCCUGUGCUUUUCUGUUUUUCUAUAGAGAUUUAUUAACAUUUAGUGAAUUUGAUGUUUUGUGAAACGUGGGAACCAACAGCCCAGGAAAUCGCAGUCCCCUGGAUAGGUUCAGCAAGGACAGCAGCAGUACAUGUUUCCCACACACUUCUCUUUGCCAAUUUGCCUCACUCCUUUUCAGGAGGGACCACUUCUCAGGACUCAGUUUCCCACGCCUCUCAGCAGAGGUGACCAGAAAGUGCCAAGGACACACUGGUGGGGUUUGUGGUAGGGACUAGCUAGGGAGCUGGACUGAUAACAGUAAUCCACUUUCAACAGGGGUCACCAAACGUCUGUCAAAUGGCAAAGAUUUUUAGCCAACUACUGAGCUGGGCUGGGCUUAAACCAAGGACCUGGACCUAGCUGUAUAGCUCCUUCCUAUUCCACUUUUUCUGAUUUUUUUGCACCUAAGGAAAGGUGAUAAAAAAACAAGGGUUGCUGAAUUUUGUUAUAAGGUUUUAACCAAUAAGGUUUAUUUAUUGAAGCAAUCUGACUAGAAAGUUCUCCCUAGUGGUAUCCGGCUGUGUGGGGAACACUGGACUUGCCAGUACUUACUUGUUGAAGAUUUAGGAAGAGAUUAAACUCUUAACAGGAAUAUCCGUUCUUGACAGAAAUGAAGAGCAAUAUAUUUUGCUCCCACAGCUUUUCCGGACACAUUCUAAUUUGACAAUCAGUUAAUCCCCAGACAUUGAUUCUGGCAUAUUUGAUUCAAACCACCUCUGCUAGCUCCCUUGCAACGCCCAAGACCAAUGCCCUGACUUCCCUCUUCUCCCUCAACGCUGAGCACUUACCUGGUCCUGACCUUCCUCUUGCUGUAUCCAGAAACACUCCCUUCCGCGGUUGUGCUCCUCCAGGCUGGGAAAUUGUCCCAGAAAAUGCACCCCCCAUUCAAACCACCGUAAGCAUAUCAAGGCUCUUCCUUCCAGCUGCUGAAUUCUCAUUCAUCCUCCCUUUACAAGUGCUUGGUUCAGAUGCCUAACAGCUGUGAAACCCAGCCACAACUCAGAUGCUUGUUCUGGUCUCCAAGCCAUUCGAGGGACAGAUCCUCAGCUGGUGUAAAUUGGCAUAGCAUCAUUGAAGUCCCUGCAGCCACGCCAAUUUAGAGUAGCUUAGGGUCGGUACAGGGUUCACUUCCUGCGUGUGCUCCAUCUAGGCAGGAGGUAGUAUUCUGAGCAGGUUAGUCCCAUUCCUGGAUGUUAUGGGAUUGGGAUCACGCCCUGUGUCCUACUAAAAAGACCAUUACCAACCCGAAACUUUUCUGUGCUGAUUAUGAUUUGAUAUAAACAGCUUUUGAGGUUUGUCCCCAUACAGCUCCCUGUUUUUAGUGGGUAAGCUCCAAACAGCUUCAGAUUAGAGCCUUCUACCUCUUUGGUUAAUCUCUGCAUAAGCUCGACAUGCUUGUGUCAAUCAUUCUUUCUGGAGUGGUUUAUCUGCCUUUCUGCCAUGUUUUUGUUGGAGUGCACAGAUCACCACUGAGCUAUCUUUCCUGUUGUCCUGCAAUGUGAAAGUAGCACCAGAUAUUCCUUUGUGCAUUUCUGUGUAUAUGGCUUUCGUAGUUGGGAUCUUCAGAGCACUGAUACCAGGUGUUUUCAGUUUAUUCUAUGAGGGGAGAUUUCAUUUGCAUCUAUGUUUUUAGCUAUCCUGUGAUAACUUGUUUAAUAUUAAAAUAAAAAUAAAUAUUUUGCUUCUAUUGGGACAUUUGUAUACUCGCAACUAUAUUUCUCUAAACAGCUGCAGUCAAGAAUAAAACAUUGAAAGUUUUCAUUUUGCA